AAAGCCGGGCUCGGGCCUGACGGGGCUGCGGGCGGCGGCGGCCGCGGAGGAGCAGCCUCAGCGAGACGUGGAGGGCUGGAGGCGGCGGCGAUGCACUAGGCCUCGCUCUGGGGCGGCUGCCCGGGACCCGCAGUUGAGUGGUGAUUUUAUGCAAUGGCUUCAAGCCACAGUUCUUCACCAGUGCCUCAAGGAAGCAGCAGUGAUGUUUUCUUUAAAAAAGAGGUAGAUCCAGCAAAACACAUUCGACCUGUGCAGUCACUGCCAGAUGUGUGUCCCAAGGAACCCACAGGUGAUUCACAUAGUUUAUGUGUUGCCCCAUCUCUAGUUACAGAUCAACAUAGAUGGACUAUAUAUCAUUCCAAAGUAAAUCUCCCAGCAGCAUUAAAUGAUCCUAGAUUAGCAAAAAGAGAAUCUGACUUCUUCACAAAAACAUGGGGAUUGGACUUUGUGGACACUGAAGUCAUACCUUCAUUCUACCUCCCACAGAUCAGCAAGGAACAUUUUACAGUAUAUCAACAAGAAAUCUCUCAGAGAGAGAAGAUUCAUGAGAGAUGCAAGAAUAUUUGUCCUCCUAAAGAUAUCUUUGACAGGACUCUCUUACAUACUCAUGAUAAAUCCAGGACAGAUCUGGAGCAAGUACCUAAGAUUUUUCUGAAACCAGAUUUUGCCUUGGACGAUUCCUUAACUUUUAAUUCAGUUUUACCAUGGUCUCAUUUUAAUACUGCUGGUGGAAAAGGAAAUCGUGAUGCAGCUUCCUCAAAGUUGCUACAAGAAAAGCUGAGCCAUUAUCUGGAUAUCGUGGAAGUAAACAUUGCUCACCAGAUCUCUCUACGUUCAGAAGCAUUUUUUCAUGCAAUGACCUCUCAACAUGAAUUGCAGGACUACCUCAAGAAAACUUCCCAGGCUGUAAAAAUGCUUCGAGACAAAAUUGCACGGAUUGAUAAAGUAAUGUGUGAAGGAUCACUACACGUUUUAAGACUGGCACUUACCAGAAAUAAUUGCGUUAAAGUGUACAAUAAACUGAAAUUAAUGGCCACUGUACACCAAACUCAGCCUACAGUACAGGUGUUGUUAUCUACUUCUGAAUUUGUUGGAGCAUUGGACUUAAUAGCAACAACACAAGAGGUUCUACAGCAGGAACUUCAGGGCAUUCACAGCUUCCGGCAUUUGGGAUCACAGCUUUGUGAAUUAGAAAAGCUGAUAGAUAAAAUGAUGAUUGCAGAAUUUUCUACAUAUUCUCACAGUGACUUAAAUAGACCACUGGAAGAUGACUGUCAAAUUUUAGAAGAGGAAAGACUAGUAUCUCUUGUAUUUGGACUUUUAAAACAAAGAAAACUUAAUUUUUUAGAAAUCUAUAGUGAAGAAAUGAUUCUUACAGCAAAGAAUAUCAUUAAACAGUGUGUGAUUAAUAAAGUUUCAAAAAUAGAAGAAAUAGACACAGAUGUUGUUGUGAAGCUUGCAGAUCAGAUGAGAAUGUUGAAUUUUCCUCAGUGGUUUGAUCUGCUAAAGGAUAUUUUCUCGAAGUUUACAAUUUUCCUACAGAGAGUUAAGGCAACAUUAAAUAUCAUUCACAGUGUUGUUCUCUCAGUUCUUGACAAAAACCAAAGGACUAGAGAAUUGGAAGAGAUUUCACAACAGAAGAAUGCUGCAAAAGAUACUUCACUGGACACAGAGGUGGCGUAUUUAAUCCAUGAAGGCAUGUUUAUAAGUGAUGCAUUCAGUGAGAGUGAAUUAACACCUAUAGCAAUCGACACUACCCCUCAAAGAAAUGCAUCUCCAAAUAGCGAGCCCUGCAGCAGUGAUUCGGUAUCUGAACCAGAAUGUACUACUGAUUCUUCAUCUAGCAAAGAGCAGACGUCAUCAUCUGCUACUCCAGGAGGUGUGGAUAUUAUGGUCAAUGAAGACAUGAAAUUAACUGACUUAGAGCUAGGAAAGCUGGCAAAUAAUAUCCAGGAGUUAUUGUAUAGUGCCUCAGAUAUAUGCCAUGAUCGAGCCGUCAAAUUUCUCAUGUCCAGAGCAAAGGAUGGUUUUCUUGAGAAGCUAAAUUCCACGGAAUUCAUAACGCUUUCUAGAUUAAUGGAAACAUUUAUUUUAGACACUGAACAGAUUUGUGGAAGAAAAAGCAUGUCAUUACUUGGAGCACUUCAGAGCCAAGCUAAUAAAUUUGUGAACAGGUUUCAUGAAGAGAGAAAAACCAAGCUCAGCCUCCUCUUAGACAAUGAGCGCUGGAAGCAAGCUGAUGUUCCUGCAGAAUUUCAGGAUCUCGUUGAUUCUAUAUCAGACGGAAAGAUUGCUUUACCUGAAAAAAAGUCAGGGGCUACAGAAGAAAGAAAACCAGCUGAAGUUCUCAUUGUUGAGGGACAACAGUAUGCUGUUGUUGGAACUGUAUUGCUGUUGAUAAGAAUUAUCCUUGAAUAUUGCCAGUGUGUGGAUAAUAUCCCAUCUGUUACUACUGACAUGCUUACUCGUCUGUCAGAUUUAUUGAAGUACUUCAAUUCAAGAAGUUGCCAGUUAGUUCUUGGAGCUGGUGCACUGCAAGUUGUUGGACUAAAAACAAUAACUACAAAAAAUUUGGCUCUUUCUUCACGCUGUUUGCAGUUAAUUGUGCACUACAUUCCUGUGAUCCGGGCUCAUUUUGAAGCUCGACUACAACCUAAGCAAUAUAGCAUGCUUAGGCAUUUUGAUCAUAUCACUAAGGACUACCAUGACCACAUAGCUGAAAUAUCAGCUAAGCUUGUAGCGAUAAUGGAUAGCUUAUUUGACAAGCUAUUAUCUAAGUAUGAGGUGAAAGCUCCCGUUCCUUCUGCCUGUUUCAGGAAUAUUUGUAAGCAAAUGGCAAAAAUGCAUGAAGCUAUAUUUGAUCUCCUUCCAGAAGAACAAACGCAAAUGUUAUUUUUAAGAAUUAAUGCAAGUUACAAACUCCACUUGAAAAAGCAAUUAUCUCACUUAAAUGUGAUAAAUGAUGGAGGACCUCAAAAUGGGUUGGUCACAGCAGAUGUAGCUUUUUACACUGGAAAUCUUCAAGCCUUAAAAGGCCUUAAAGAUUUGGACCUAAAUAUGGCUGAGAUCUGGGAACAGAAGAGGUGAUGACAUACUGGAAAACUGGGUAGUUCAUCUGACCAUGGGAUGUGUAUAUUUAUGAAGAAAAUAUGGAUGCCUGUGAUUCAAGAACUGAACCUGGAACCCAAAGUGAACUGGGGUAGGGGGAAGGGGAAAAGGAAAGUAUCAGUGUUGGGGAACUGGGAUUCAGUGGGAUCUACAAGGAAUGCCAUUUUUGUGCUUCCUUCAAAGUGAGGAGUAACUGAUCAGGUGUCUAUAACAUUUUUCAUUCUCUCUGGAAACAGACUCAGGUUUCUUUGGACCAAAUCCAAAAGAACACAUAGCUGUAACACAGCUGUAGUUGACUAGAAUGCUCUGUAUACUUUAUAUUAAAAAAUGCUUUGCAUUUCUUCCAGUGCAAUGAAAUUCAUAUGGUUUCCCACCUUAUUUAAUGAUGGUACAAUUUAAAAUAUUAAAAUCUUAGUCAAUCUCUGUAGAAAGUUUUCUCUAUGAAAGUAAAGCUGUUUGAAAAAUUAUUUUUUUACAGAUCUUUCUAUAAAAAAUAAACAUCUUUUGAUUGCUUGGAUUUAGGAAUUCAAUUUUUGUUUUAGUGACCAAUGUCAAGUUUCAGGCUUUGUGUGUCGCAUAUUUAAUCUUUCUACUACCACUGUAUGUCAACUGGGUAAAGCCUUCCAGAAUAGUCUAAAUACUUGAAAGGCUGAUCACAAGUAAUAAAGAAUAAGAUAUUGGCAUUUAUUUAUGCAACUACUAAUUUAAAUACUUUUUAGAAGUGGUAUAUGAAAGGCUGUAGUAUAACAGAUGUAUUUUUAUAAAGGUAUCUAUGAAGAGUUUUUUUUUUUUUUGCUUUUUUAUUUCUAGCAGAGGUGAGAAUACGUUGUCAUAUAUUCUGCCUACUUAUGAGUUCUCAUUUUAACAUUUAGAUAACAUGAAGUAUGCCCCCCUUGGGUUCUUGUUUUUAUGUUACUUUCAAUGUGUAUAUGAACACAGACCAGGGAGAAAUAGAACUUUUAAAAUAUAGGCUGCUGUGUUGGGGCUAGAAAUAAAGGUGAUAAGUAAGUUAUUUAAAGACUUUUAUAAUACCUACCUUCAAAAUUAGAAUCAGCAGCACUCUACAAAUGAAAGUGCCUGUGCCUCACUUCACACCAGGAAUCUUGCCUAACCCUGUCAGAGUGCCUAACCUUGUGGUGAUUAUGUACAAUGAAACAGUCUUAUUUUGUGCUCUUCAGUUUCUUUAAGGAAAGCCUGUUUUCUUUAUCAUUACAGAGGUAUGUCAUUGGUUCUUAAACUGUCUCUGUCUAAAAUAAAGCUGUAAAAAAUUA